UCUUGAAAUCAGGGCAACAUGUUGGACUUCAUCUCCUUUGCCACCUUCCUCCUUAUUAUUAUCUCCACCACCCUCCUCCUGCUCCUCUCCAUCCACCACUUCCAAAAACCACCCCAUGUCCGCCGCCGUCUCAGCCUCCCACCAAGCCCAUUCGCCUUGCCAAUCGUCGGCCACCUCCACCUCCUCAGCCCCUUCCUCCACCGCUCCCUCCACAACCUCUCCUCCCUCUACGGCCCCUUGUUUCACCUCCGCCUCGGCUCGGUCCCAUGCUUCGUAGUCUCCACUCCCGAGCUUGCAAAAAAGUUCCUCAUGACACACGAGCUCAAUUUCUCAUCUCGCAAGCAUUCCAUCGCCAUCGAUCGCCUCACCUACGACUCUGCAUUCGCCUUUGCGCCAUACGGUCCGUAUUGGAAAUUCCUCAAUAAGUUGUGCAUGUCUGAUCUUCUCGGCAAUCGUAGUAUCAAUCAUUCGCUUCCCGUUCGAACCAGAGAACUAAACGCCUUCCUUCAACUUGUCAUGAAAAAAGCCAAUGAUUGUGAAGCUGUGAACCUCACUAAAGAGCUGUCAAAGUACACAAACACUAUCAUCUCUCAGAUGAUGAUAGGUGUUACGGGUGAGGCUGAGGAAGCUCGAACUCUUGCCCGCGAGGUGACACAGAUAUUCGGAGAAUUUAACGUGUCGGAUUUCAUUUGGGUUUUCAAGAACUUGGAUUUGCAGGGGAUUCGGAAGAGGGUUGAGGACAUUCACUCAAGGUACGAUGCAUUGCUUGAAAGGAUUAUCACAAACCGGGAACAUGAAAGAAAAUCACCGAGUCUUGGAGAUCGUCACGCCAAGAAUUUUCUCGACAUAUUGCUUGAUGUUUCAGAAGAUGACAAUUUGAAUAUCAAAUGCACCAGAGAUCAAAUUAAGGGUUUGAUUUUGGAUUUCUUCACGGCUGCUACAGAUACAUCAGCAAUUGCACUUGAAUGGGCAUUAGCAGAGCUCAUCAACAAUCCAAGAGUGCUCCAAAAAGCACAAGAGGAGAUCGAUAACGUGGUUGGGAAACAUCGGUUAGUAAGCGAAUCAGACGGUCCAAAUCUUCCAUACAUCCAAGCCAUCAUAAAGGAAACACUCCGGCUUCACCCUCCACUCCCCAUGAUCAUAAGAAAAUCAGUACAGGACUGCAUGGUCUAUGGAUACAACAUCCCUGCCAACUCUGUCCUAUUUGUAAACAUUUGGUCUAUUGCAAGAAAUCCCGAGUACUGGGAGAGCCCAUUGGAUUUCAAGCCCGAGCGGUUCUUGAGGCCCGAAAACGGUGGCCCAGUGGGCCUAAUAGAUGUUAAGGGCCAGCAUUUUCAGCUGCUGCCCUUUGGUACUGGGAGGAGAGGCUGUCCUGGCAGUUCUUUGGCCAUGCAAGAGCUGCCUGCAGUGCUGGGGGGAAUGAUACAGUGCUUCGAGUGGAAGGCAGUAAAUCAGAGCGGGGUGAAGAUGAAUGGUGAUGGAGUGGUUGACAUGACUGAACAGCCCGGGAUGACUGCUCCGAGGGCCCAUGAUCUCGUGUGCAUGCCGAUAGCACGAAUCAAUCAACUUUAUACCCUUCUUAAUCGGUAGUUUAAUCCUUAGACAGGUAUUUUUAGUACCCAAAAUUUUUUUCCCCAAUAAAUUUCUAAUCACACGAUUUUUUUAUCAAUAACCUUUUAAUUGCACGAUAUGAUUAGAAGACAAAAAUUUUGAGACACGAUCAUGUGGUUAAGAAGGCAAUAUGAAUAGGGAAUAAAGACUUUGGAAUAUGGAGGAUCUGUGCCUUUGCGCUAUAAUUUGUCCAUUGCCCUCUUUGUCAACUUUCUUUGUGAAAUACUUCAUUAUUUAUGUUUUGAAGCAUAUUUGUUUAAUAUUUUAUGAGGUGAAAAGUUACGGGUUCACCUCUUACAGAGAAUAAUUUGAUAUUUUUUAUUGUUUUUAUUUAUUCUUUAUUGUAUGGGUAAUUUUCUGACCGCACUGCCCGCCUAGUAAUCAGCUGGAGAGCACCGGUAGAAUAGAUGGCUUUAAGGAACCUGCAACAGAAAGAAAAGGCUUCGGCGGUGGCUCCUCCACCCGAGGGCUCUCCGACGAUCAAGUCAGUAUAUCUCUCAAAGAUAAUCAAGUGCUGAACUCGCAGGCUUGAGUAUAAAACUGCGUACCUUAGACCCACGGGGGUGCCUCUCUUUUAUAGUUUACUAAAUCCAAGUCCCACUUGAAGUCU